UUGAUUCACUAAUGUUUGCGAAUCAUAACAACUUCGCCACUAAAACAAUGUUUAAGAUUAUCGUACUUGUCUCUUGUUUCUUAGUUCUGGCUUCGGCUUACGAAGAUUAUCACAGUUAUCCUAAGUACAAGUUCGAAUAUGGGGUCAAGGAUUCCCAUACCCACGAUCAUAAGAGUCAAUGGGAACAUCGUGAUGGAGAUCAUGUGAAGGGACAAUAUACCCUGGAUGAGGCCGAUGGAACACAUCGUAUUGUUGACUAUAUCUCAGAUCAUAAGGGUGGAUUCCAACCUCACGUUGAGCGCAAGGGACAUGCUCAUCAUCCUCAUCAUGGCGAGAGUUACGCUAACAUCCAUCAGUACUACUGA